AUGACAUCAAACUUAGAACCUCCUAAUAUCAGUCAGUCUAAUGAUUCAACUAAAAUUAAAAUCUGUCUUAACAAGGAGUGUAAUUCUCCUUACAAUUCAAACAAUAUUGAUAAACAUAAAAACCAUCUUGAUGAUUUAUUUGAUGUAGAUGAUUUGGUGAAUAAGUUGCAUGGAAGAAAUAUUGAAUAUAAAUAGCAACUAAGUACUCAACAAAAGAAAAUAUUGGAAGUUGUAAAAGAAAAUGAGGAGGCCAUUUUGGCGUUGAGAAAAAAAAAUGCAGGAGAAAUUUUACAAAAAUUAUCAACUCUAAGAAAUCUCAAGGAAUAAUUUGGAAAUCCAUUAGUUGAAAGAAAAGAUUUUCAGAAUUAUGACAAUAUAUUUUUUAGUAAACAAAUUAUGAAUGUUAGGUUCAAACCAUUUAAGAAAUUUUUAAUUUUUAGAAGAGUCCUAUAAUAAAGAAUUCAUUGCAAAAUUUUAUAAAUUAGCUGAGGCUAAAAUUUUCAAUAACACUGAAUCAAAUUGCCUUAAACAUCCAAAAGAAAGAAUUUCUGCAUUUAAUUUAUAGGAGAAAGAUCUUAAAGAUCAAUUAUUAUGUAAAUAUGAUGAUACAGAAAAUGGAACAACAUUCCAAGUGUGUCAACAGUAACUUGAGAAUUAUUCCUUAUAAGAAAAGUAUCUAGAAUCAUUAAACUUAGAUAUUUUGAAAAGUUACAAUAGAUAAAAAACUCAAUCUUUUCUUUGCGGUACAAUUUAGAUUGUAUAACUAAUAAGAUUUUAACUAUGGUUUAGGGUUUGAUUGAAAAAAAUUACAAAUAUUUUCAAGAAAAUUAAUAUGAAUUUGAUACACUUAAUUAAUUGUAACCACCAAUUCCUAGAUCGAAAUAUUAGAAUCUUGUUUCGUUCUUAAAGAAAAUUCAUAAAAAUGUGGCAAUCAAUAAUUCAUAGCAAGAAGAAAUUAGAAAUUGCGAGUAGGUUUUAGCUCCUUUAUAAUAAGAAGUUUAGAAUANAUUUUAGAACGAAGUUUAAUGAAUCAUGAAGAUGUGUACAACAAUUAAUUUUUUGUAGAGGCCUUUAUAAUCAAUUGCCUACUUAUCCAAAUUAUUUUGGAGAAAAUAAAAUUAAAAAAAUUUUGAAUAUCAAAACAUAAUUAAUUUAUUUAUUAAAAAAAACUAUGACAUCAAACUUAGAACCUCCUAAUAUCAGUCAGUCUAAUGAUUCAACUAAAAUUAAAAUCUGUCUUAACAAGGAGUGUAAUUCUCCUUACAAUUCAAACAAUAUUGAUAAACAUAAAAACCAUCUUGAUGAUUUAUUUGAUGUAGAUGAUUUGGUGAAUAAGUUGCAUGGAAGAAAUAUUGAAUAUAAAUAGCAACUAAGUACUCAACAAAAGAAAAUAUUGGAAGUUGUAAAAGAAAAUGAGGAGGCCAUUUUGGCGUUGAGAAAAAAAAAUGCAGGAGAAAUUUUACAAAAAUUAUCAACUCUAAGAAAUCUCAAGGAAUAAUUUGGAAAUCCAUUAGUUGAAAGAAAAGAUUUUCAGAAUUAUGACAAUAUAUUUUUUAGUAAACAAAUUAUGAAUGUUAGGUUCAAACCAUUUAAGAAAUUUUUAAUUUUUAGAAGAGUCCUAUAAUAAAGAAUUCAUUGCAAAAUUUUAUAAAUUAGCUGAGGCUAAAAUUUUCAAUAACACUGAAUCAAAUUGCCUUAAACAUCCAAAAGAAAGAAUUUCUGCAUUUAAUUUAUAGGAGAAAGAUCUUAAAGAUCAAUUAUUAUGUAAAUAUGAUGAUACAGAAAAUGGAACAACAUUCCAAGUGUGUCAACAGUAACUUGAGAAUUAUUCCUUAUAAGAAAAGUAUCUAGAAUCAUUAAACUUAGAUAUUUUGAAAAGUUACAAUAGAUAAAAAACUCAAUCUUUUCUUUGCGGUACAAUUUAGAUUGUAUAACUAAUAAGAUUUUAACUAUGGUUUAGGGUUUGAUUGAAAAAAAUUACAAAUAUUUUCAAGAAAAUUAAUAUGAAUUUGAUACACUUAAUUAAUUGUAACCACCAAUUCCUAGAUCGAAAUAUUAGAAUCUUGUUUCGUUCUUAAAGAAAAUUCAUAAAAAUGUGGCAAUCAAUAAUUCAUAGCAAGAAGAAAUUAGAAAUUGCGAGUAGGUUUUAGCUCCUUUAUAAUAAGAAGUUUAGAAUAUUCAAAAAAAACAUGAAAAUUUUUUGAAUAAUUUAAAGCCUUGCAAAUUAAAAAUAAUUGUUGAAGUGAAGAAGAGCGAGACAACCGAUGGCUAUCAUAUAGAGGCUGAAUAAUAAUCAACUUUAUUAGGCUUAUUCAAAUGGUUGAAAUAGACAUUUAAUUGGAAAUACGAACUACCCUAAAUUAAAGUCUCAGUUGACUAGAUAAGGCAUCAAAACUAUAAUUCACCUGAACAAAUUAUUUUAAAAAAUGAACAAUAUAUUUAAUUUGAUUUAUCUUGA